UAAAUUGCUUGAACAAAAUAUCAGCGAGCAUCUAAUAAACGGCAUUGAAUUGAUAAGAAAAAUAAGCGAAACUGAUUAUUACAUCCACCUACCAGCAUUCAAGAGUGAUGCAACCAAAAAUGAGAAAGGGAAAUGGGCAGAGGCCGCUUUGUGUUCCAAUCCCUGGUUCAUUGAAGAAGGAAGCGACCAAGUUGUGUGCGUGGUGGGAGCGAAAAUAUGGGGGCGAUUUGGGCGGUUUCAAUCGCGCAGAUGCUGCUAUUUUUGGCUUUCUUCCAUUUGGCCGCUUCCUAUACUGAUUCCCGCGAUGCUACAGUUCUUCGAGCUCUGAAAGAUGAUUGGCAAAAUACACCACCAAGCUGGGGUGCAUCAAAUGAUCCCUGUGGAGCCCCCUGGGAAGGAGUUCUUUGCAACAAUUCAAGAGUCGUUGCAUUGAGAUUAUCUAGUAUGGGCCUAAAAGGUAAACUUGGUGGUGACAUUGGAGGCCUUACUGAACUUAAAUCAUUGGACCUUUCAGCGAAUCGAGGCCUCAUUGGUUCAAUCUCCCGGGCGCUUGGGAAUUUGCUGAAAUUGGAUACCUUGAGCCUUUCUGCGUGUGGAUUUAGUGGUACAAUUCCGGAAGAACUAGGCAAUCUUACUGAGCUAACCUUCUUGUCUUUAUAUUCAAACAAUUUCUCUGGAACCAUACCGGCUACUCUAGGAAAACUCUCCAAACUCUACUGGCUAGACCUGGCAGAUAAUAAGUUGACUGGUGCUCUUCCAGUUUCCACUUCCGAAUCUCCGGGUUUAGAUCAACUUUCUGGGGCUAAACAUUUUCAUUUCAGCAAAAACAAGCUGUCAGGAGCCAUUCCACCUGAACUUUUUAGCUCUGAGAUGGAAUUAUUACACAUAUUAUUUGACGGGAAUAAUUUUUCUGGGAGUAUCCCACCAACAUUAGGACUUGUUCAGUCCCUUGAGGUUCUUCGACUUGAUCGAAAUUCUUUAACAGGCAAUGUCCCAUCAACUCUGAGCAACCUAAUUAAUAUCAAUGCAUUGCAUUUGGCCAACAAUAAGCUAACAGGUCCACUACCAAACUUUACUCAAAUGAGUUCACUAAGUCACGUGGACCUUAGUAACAACUCAUUUAACUCAUCAGUAGCUCCGGAAUGGUUCUCAACUCUACAAUCUCUCACCACUCUUAUUGUUGAAUAUGGGUCAAUACGAGGAACUCUGCCAGAAGGAAUCUUUAUCUUACCACAUAUACAGCAAAUAAAACUGAAGAACAAUGCAUUUGGUGGGACAUUAAUUAUGGGUGACAGCAUCAGCCAAUCGUUGCAGCAAGUUGAUUUGCAAAAUAACGAUAUUUCCUCAGUUACCUCUCUUUCGGGAUAUACUAACACACUGAUGCUGUCGGGAAAUCCUGUGUGUAAAACUAGUGUCCUCUCAAAUACGAACUAUUGCCACCUUCAACAGCAACAAACAAAACCAUAUUCUACGAGCCUUGUCAAUUGUGGUAGUAAGUCAUGUUCUCCUGAUGAGAAGCUGAACCCUCAGAGUUGUGAAUGUGCCUAUCCAUAUGAAGGGACCUUAUACUUUAAAGGAUCCUCUUUCCGGGAAUUGUCCAAUAUAACUCUAUUUCACUCAUUGGAAACGAGCCUUUUUAAAACUUUCAACAGCACGCCUUUUAUUCAAAGCCCUUUCGUUAAUAUUGAUGAUUAUCUUCAGAUACAACUUGCACUUUUUCCAUCCCACGAUAAGUAUUUCAGUAGGGAAGACAUCCAGAAAAUUGGGUUUGAAUUGUACCAUCAUAAUUUCCAGCCUCCCGAUAUGUUUGGGCCAUACACUUUCAAUGCAUCUCCUUAUCAUUUUCCAGCCAUCAAUGGGGGAUCAGAUUCAACGAACACCAGAAUGGUAAUUGGAAUAGCUGUUGGCUCUGCCUUUCUUGUUCUAUGCCUCAUUGGAGUUGGAACAUAUGCAAUUCAACAAAAGAGACGUGCAGAAAAGGCCCAGCCACAUGGAAACGAUAGUGGAGAUGCGCCACAAUUAAAGGGAGCCAGAUGGUUUUCUUAUGAUGAACUUAAACAAUGCACAAAUAAUUUCUCCACGAGUAACGUGAUAGGAUCCGGAGGAUUUGGCAUGGUAUACAGAGGAACGCUGAAGGAUGGAAAAGUAGUUGCAAUCAAAAGAGCUCAACAAGGAUCAAUGCAGGGUGGCCUUGAGUUCAAGACAGAAAUUGAGCUUCUUUCACGAGUUCAUCACAAGAAUCUUCUAGGCCUAGUGGGAUUUUGUUCCGAACAAGGAGAACAGAUUCUUGUUUAUGAAUUCAUGCCUAAUGGGACACUUAGAGAGAGCCUAUCUGGAAAAUCGGGUAUUUAUCUUGAUUGGAAGAGAAGACUUCGUAUCGCACUUGGGUCGGCCAGAGGCCUGACUUACUUACAUGAGCUUGCUAAUCCUCCCAUAAUCCAUAGAGAUAUUAAGUCCACCAACAUUUUACUAGAUGAACGUUUAAAUGCAAAGGUUGCAGAUUUUGGCUUGUCCAAGCUCGUCUCAGACAGUGGAAAGGGACAUGUUUCUACUCAAGUCAAAGGUACAAUGGGUUAUUUGGAUCCUGAAUAUUACAUGAGUGAACAAUUGACUGAGAAAAGUGAUGUAUACAGCUUUGGAAUAGUUAUGUUGGAAUUGAUAACUGCUAAGCUGCCAAUUGAGAAAGGAAAGCACAUAGUUCGUGAGGUGCGUACGUUGAUGAAUAAGAGUGAUGAAAAAUAUUAUGGUUUGAAGGAUAUAAUGGAUAAAUCCAUCAUCGUUAAUACAACAAAUCUUAUUGGGUUCGGAAGGUUCUUAGAGUUGGGCAUGCAAUGUGUUGAAGAGGCAGCUGCAGAGCGUCCCACAAUGAGUGAUGUGGUUAAGGCAAUUGAGAGCAUUUUGCAGAAUGAUGGAAUCAAUACAAGCUCAACCUCAGCAUCCUCAUCCGCCACAGACUUUGGGGCUUCCAAAGUUGCUUCCAGACAUCCUUAUAAUGAUGCUAUACUCAAAGAGGGUGUCAACAGCCAAUGAUUAGUGGAUACUCUUCUCAUGUAGAAAUGGGCAGUGAUGUUUGAUAUGUUACUGAAGAGAAGUAAAUACUAGCGUCUAGACUAUCUAGACUAUGAAUUAUGAUUUUGCAAGAACUUCCACUUUGGUUGGGUUGUUCUGUUGUAAUUACAAUUAUGUUUCUAAUUAUAGGUUAAUUUUGAGGUGAAAUUUUGGCACUUGGGUUUUUAAACUACAGAUUUCGUCCUGUGCCA